UUUGACAUGACCAAGUUCCUCGCGCUCGCUGCCCUGUUCGCGUUUGCCGCCGCCCGACCUGAAAUCUUCAACGGCACCAUUGUCCCCAAGGGCAAGUACAAGUACGUGGCGACUAUCCAUGACGAAGAGUCCGGCUUGCUCGUGGGCGGAGCGACCUUGAUUGCCCCUAAGGUGCUCCUCACCGCCGCCUCCUGCGCCGAGGAGUGGGCCGACCUCGCGUGGAUCGGAUCGCACUACUUGAGGGACAACACGGACGGCGAACGCAUCAAGGUCGUCAAGAGAAUCGUGCACCCUGAUUACGAUAAAGACACGUCCGAAAACGACGUUGCCAUCUUUGUGUUGGAAACCAAAUCUAAUUUCACCCCCGUCGCGCUCAACCUGAACGACGCUGCAACUGAACCCGGCACCGUGUCGUGGAUGCGUGGCUUCGGCAUACCAGGUAUCUCGAUUUCCGAGGAUGAACCCCCCGUCCUGAUGGAAGCCGAAGUCAAGAUCUGGUCCAACGAUGAGUGCCGGAAAGCGACGAACAGCGUAAUCUUCAAGUCCAAUUUAUGUGCCUAUAGUGCCGACAAGGACCCGUGCUCUUACAACGAAGGCGGACCGUUGAUUAUCAUGCGCGGCGGUGUCGAGUACGUCGCCGGUGUGUUGAGCUUGGGAAAAUGCAACCGAUUCAAGGAGCCUAGUGUGUACACGCGCGUGUCGUCCGUCUACGACUUCAUCAAACCCUUUUUGGCUAUCGCCCAGCCAGAAAACUAA